AUGGGCUCAUCAUGGAGCUCCGGCAAGCUGCCGGAAGAGCAACCGCCUGGGGUGAAGAUGUGGGUCAUCAAGGUCUCGGAUUUCUUGAAAUUGAACAUCCCCAUGCCGCCGCAUGAAGAGUUAGAAGCUUCCAAGCUCCUGCACCGCUGGGAGGAGGGCCAUUUCUGCAUCUUUGUGUCACACCAGUGGCUUGGGAAUCACCAUCCAGAUCCCUCAGGUGAGCAAUUUCAGAUCUUGCAGGAGGCCUUGCGGAAGAUCCUCGACGGCAGUACCACGGUGUCCCGGGAUAUCGUCUCGGAAUUCUAUGGCGAUUCAGUGAGGUUCACAGAAGAGGACCGCUGCCGACUGCAAGGCGCAUACUUGUGGCUCGACUGGGUCAGUGUGCCUCAAGCUCCGGUGAAGCUUUCUAAGCUCCCAAGCACCGCGGCAUUUGAUGAACUGAGCCCGGCGGUGAGCUCCCUGCGGAACACCCACAAAGUAGUUUUGGAGAAGCGAGGAAGCCUCACGACGCAGGAUGUUCAUAUACUCUCCAUUCCUUCCUUUGUGCAGCAGUCAGAUAUUUUCCUUGCCUUGGUUCCACCUUUGCAACACCAAGACACUGGCUUGCACUCGAACUAUUGUAGCUGGUUUGACCGUGGCUGGUGUAGAAUGGAGAUGUGGUGCAAGAUGCUAUCAGAGAAAGCCAGCAGUGCAUCUAUGCCAAUGAUUGUAGUGUCUUCCCCAGACAGGGCAACGCUUGAAACGCCCCCUCACUGGAUUGAUCGUCCGCCGCAUGAAGGGAAUGUGACCUUUGACACUGACCACGACGUGAUAUUCUCGGUGAUGCAGCAUGUGCUCGACCAAAGGUUGAAGUUUCUGGGUGCAAAAGGCAAGAGUGACAGCUAUCAAUACCUCUUGGCGAGGUAUGAGGCUAUUCUGGGGCUACCAGUUCCUGAGUUGUCUUUGGAAGUAUUUUGCUCUCACUUUGGUUUCAGCUCAGUGGAGGCAGCCACGCUGUCCACACGAAAUAUUGGAGCCAUGGCUUGUGCAGUGGCAUCUGGCAAUGCAAAGGCCAUCUAUGCCCUGGCUGAAGCGGGUGUCUCUCCAAACUUGCACUUGAAGCCGGUACCGGAUGUGCGGAUCAUGUCAAGUCUGAGCCUCAUCCAUCUAGCAGUGGAUGUGAGUUGGAGGCAGCCCGAAGUUCUUCAAGCCCUUCUUGAACUGAGAGCCGAUCCAAACGAGUAUGAUGACAACGGCCACCCGGUGCUCGGCUUUUGCCGAACAGCGCGGGAUGUGGAGGCGUUGGUGCGUCACGGGGCUGAUGUCAACCAACAGAAUCCUCCAGCCAGCCAGCUAGCCAUCAGUGUAGCUUGUGAGUUUAUGGCGCCACCGGAGGUGAUAUCGAAACUCUUGGACUGCGGCUCUGUGGUGAACCCAAUGCCGGCGACCAAUGGCCUUGGCUGUCCCCACCCACUUUCGAUUCUGAGCUUGUGGGCGUGGGCCAAUCCCAGUUGCUUGGAGGUGGCCCGAAUCCUGGUAAAUGCCAAGGCGGAUGUGAAUCAUCAAGCCACUGCCACUGGGCGAUGGCGUGCUGUGGAGCUUGCAAGCAGGGCCUAUCUUCAGUGCAGCAGCUCCUCUUCCAUGUUGCUGCACUUCUUUGCAGAGUGGAGCACCACACCUUUGGGCAUGGCUUCUUUCUUCGGCAGUGAGAAGCUUGUUGCCUUCUUUUUGGCAGUUGGAGCCGACCCGGAAAUUCCGAACUGGCGUGGCCACACUCCGAUCCAUCUAGCCCGUACACAAACAAUUCUCGAGUUGAUUCAGAAUGACAUGGCAUCCACGUUUUCCAUGUAG